AUGACAAGAAUAACACCCAUGUUCGGCAUUGACUCCUCUCACAAUGCAGGAAUCUCCUUCACCAACAACAAGUAUAAAGCAAAUAACAUCACCCCCGCCUCUAAGGAGGACAACAACAGUAAUCUAUCUAGUAAUGAAGGAGAAGAAGCAGUGAAUUUACAAGAAGAGAGACGAUACCUAUGUGGAUCUAUCAAGUUUUUGUUAAUAUUUCUCAUUUCAUUACUUCUUCUCAUUUCAGUGUUCUUUUUAUCAAUUAUUUGGAUUAGUUGCUUUAGUUCGGCAGUUGUGGAUUUAAGCUCUCGCAUGAGAGCUCAGGAAUUUGAUAAAAUCAUACAAUUUACCAAGAAAACAGUUAAUGAUGUGCUGUUAGUGACAGAAUCUGUCAAAUCUCAACUAUAUUAUGAUUUUGAUUUUAGUAACAUGAUUGAACAUCACUUACAUCGAGCUAUGAAAGUUGCUCAAGCUAAUUUACCCAAUGUAACACAAGGAGUCUAUGUUGGUGAUCCAUUUGGUGGAUAUUUUGGUUUUGCACAUUUGAGUGGUGAAAUAACCUAUUUCAAUUUAACACCAAAUUGUAAUCAAGUUUACUUUGUUUGUAAAAAUUUUGAUACGAGUGAAAAUUGUGAUAGAGGAACAGAACCAGAAUUUGUAUUUCCUCCGUACACAUCGAAUUAUGUAGCAGAGAUGGCUUCGACGAAUCCUGGCAAUCCAGUUUUCACACUUUCCUAUGUGGAUCCAUCACUUCCUUCUUUUGUAUUCAUGACAAUGGUUUCGUCCAUCAAGACUGGACAGCAGCCAAUCAAGCCAGGAGCUUCAUUUUCCUAUUAUUUUGCCUACGAUAUGACUGUCAUGUCAGUUUCCACAUUUUUGGUGGACAUUACAACUUCAAUACAUGGGAGUUCUUCUUUUAUUAUUGAAACACAGUCGGAAUUUGUGAUUGCAAGUGAUCAUCCUGAAGUGAGUGUGGCCAUAGUGGAUAAGGAUGGAAAUGUUGAAAGAAAAACAACUGCCACUUUUGGAGGACAAGUUACCAAAAUUGGAAAAAUAGUUUAUGAUACUUUUGAAAAAUUAACUUCAAUUCCUUGCAAUGAAGAACGAGUUUUAUCAUUGACAGAAUCAGUAGUAUCAAUUAAGAGAUUUUGUUCAAAGGAAGGAAUUGAUUGGAUUAUCAUAUUAAGCGUUCCUCAAUGGAAUUAUUUAGGAUCGAUGAUUAUUGCUAUUGUUUCGGCAGUUGUUGGUUCCAUACUCAUAGUUUCUGUCGGUAUUGUUGUGGCCAUUAUAUUUUCACUCAAAAUUGUGAGACCAUUUGUUAAUUUAAUUAGUGCUUUCGAAUGGGUUUCUCUAAUGAAAUUGGAAAAUAUCAAUUUGUACAAGUCGUCAUUUUCUGAAGUGAAAAGUUUACAGUUUCAUUUCAAGGAAAUGAUUGAAAGGAUUAAGUUGUACAGAAAAUUUAUUCCUCCUCAUCUAUUAGUUCAAUUGGAUGCUAAUAAUGUAAAUCAACAAGAGGAAACAUUUAAGAAAACUUCAAAUACAGCUGAAACAAGUUUGAAUGUAACUUCAUCUUCGAAAAACAACAAAUCCUACUCACAAAAAGAAUCUAACCACGAUGAUCCUCAAUCAUCUGGUGAUUUGAGGAGUAAGAAUUCGAGUGGAGCAAAUUCUGGACCAAAUGCCAACAUGUUUAGUUUAUAUUUGGAUAAGAGACAAGUCACCUUAUUGAAUAUUUAUUUGGAAGGAUUAAAUGAGUGGUUUGUUGUGAUAAAUCCAACUGAAAUAGUCACUAUAUUGAGUGAAAUAUAUGAUGUAAUUGUCAAGCUGGUGAGAUUGACAGGUCAAGUUGGGCAAAUUGAAGACGAAACCAUUCCAAUACAUUUAAACGCAACAAGUGAUCAAUCUCAACAUGAAUUGAAAGGUAUUCAAUUGUGUCACUCACUACUCUCCAAGCUUAAUGCUUAUAAGGAAUCAAAAUUGAUGAAUCAUGCAAUUGUUUCAAAAUACGAUGAGGAAGUUUUCGAAAAUUUCAAGUUUCGUAUUGUUGCCAAUAGCCAGAGUGCAUAUUGUGGAAAUUUGGGAACCAAACAAGCCAUGUCCUUCUCCAUAAUUGGUAGUUCACAACACAACCUCAAAAUCAUGACCAUCCUCGCCAAAGAGCUUGAUAUUCCAAUUUUAAUCACCGAAGAUUUAUAUGAAAAGGUGGAAAACAAAUUCCAAGUAAGAUAUGUGGAUACUGUCCAAUUGGUCAAUGAUCAGCAUUUCUCUAAUCCAUAUUUCACUACCCACACUCGAUCUAGACUCUACGAUUCAAUGAAAGUAUUCGAAUUGGGUGAAAUUAACACAGUUUCCCAAGAUGAAUGGAUGUAUGAAUUAGAUGCAAAGGAAAAGAAGAAGAAUAGAUGGAAAAAGUAUAACGAUGCUUGUUUCUUUUUCUUUGCCAGUAGAUAUGCAGAGGCCAGCAACAUGUUGGAGGAAUAUUUGGAUGAACUGAUAUCACCAACUGGAAAGCAAGAUAUUGUUGCUUUGAAAUUACUUGAUAAGUGUAAGGAUAGAGCUGCAGAUUGUGUGGAAAGUUUUGAAAAUUUCAAAUGA